AUCUUCAUACUCACGGCUGAGAAAACCUCAAAUCUUACAAGGUCUAAGGUGCUGACAGUUUCUCUGAACGUUUCACCGUCUGCACUGCAGUUUUUGCUGGUGGUUAUUUACUGUAUUCAAAUUCAUACACUUCUCUAAAUGGGAACUUGGUGCUUUUUUGGAAUAAAUGGGCGCUGCGUUGCCAUUAUUUGAACUGCCUGGGGAAAUUCUGUGUUUUAAUUCAUAAAUGAAUUAAUCGUGCCACUUUUCAUCGAAGUCAGUGAUUAAAUUGGCCUAUUACUCGAAGAAUUCGUACUCAUAAGGACAGCAUCAGCGUCGAUUACACACACAUGUUUAUGUGUAUGAAAGAGAAAAGAACAAGACAACGGCCUUGGUAUUUGUGUCGUCAUGGAAGGAAAUGCAAGCAGACGAAUCACAAUAAAGUAACAAAACCAGUCAAGCUAGGAGGAGACUCGGUGAUCUCAGCAGACAACGCACAACAAACAUCGAAACUGCUUGUGCUCCAGAGCAUGGCUAUUUCGGACUAUUCAGUAUGGCGAUGUUUUUUAAUGGUUUUGUUUGUUUUUCUCGUGUUUUAUAUGAACGUUUGUGAAGCCCUACAAAAAUAUCGUGUUUGUGUGACAGAAAAAUCAAACAGGAAGUAUAACAAGUACUGUCCGCUUCUUGAGAUGUAUGGCAGUAAGUCAACAUGUGUACUUGGAAACAGUAGAAUUGAUUGCCUGAGGAAGGUACUACAAGGGAGAGCAGAUUUUGGCCUCUUUCUGGCAGAGGAUAUUAUUGUUGCUUCCAGUUACAAGAAUCCUCAUGUGUUAGUAACAGAUGAAAUCAGAAUGUUAGAUACUCCAUUUGAAUAUGAAGUUUACGCUGUUGUGAGGAAGAGUUCCAACAUUACUAGGAAAUCACAGCUACAGGGGAAGAAGUUCUGUCAUUCAGGUUAUGGUUAUGAACCACAGUGGUCUAAAAUUACAUCAGAGUAUUUUGAAGCUCAGGUGGUAACACCAGUAUGUGACGCAGACCUGACUGCUGUUGAGAACAGUCUCAAGUCAUCAUCUCAGUUCUUUAAAGCUGCCUGCAAAGCUGGACCUUGGGUUCCAGACCUUAAACUUGACACAAAGCUAAAGCAAACAUAUUCCAACCUGUGUAAGUUGUGUGGUAACCCGUCAGAGUGCUCAGUGUUCGACAAGUACUGGGGAGCUGUUGGAACUCUAUACUGCCUGACAGAUGGUGCUGGUGAUGUUGCCUGGGCAAGGCUGCCAGAUAUUGAAAACCACUUUGGAAUUAAUGGUGAGGAGCCAGCUCAAGCUCCAGCAGAAGAGUACAGCUUUUUAUGUCAGGAUGAUAGGCUGGCUCCUCUGGAUAAUCCAGAGAAUUGUGCGUGGCUGUCGCGACCUUGGGCAGCUGUGAUUGCAAGGAGAGAGGUAGCUGAAGGUGUGCGAGAAAUAUUGCCAUUUUUGAAGAAUGCAAAAUAUCUGUCAUGGCAGUGGGCUCUGGAAGAGCUACUGGAGAUACAUACACAGACCAUUGAACCUUUAGAUUCAAUGAUGGUGCCUGAGGACUAUUUACAGAAUGCCCACGGCUUCCUGAGUGCCAACAACUUAGCACAUUGUGAACCAUCUGGUAAAGUACGUAUCUGCACCAAAUCUAGUGCAGAGAUGAACAAAUGCGACUUGUUAAAAAGAGUAGCCAAGAUAUAUGGGAUAGAACCGCAGCUGGAAUGUCUUGAGGGACUGAAUGCAGAGUUAUGUAUGAAAGCAGUGCAGUCAGAUACUGCAGAUGUGAUCACAACUCAACCCGAUGAUCUGUUUGUUGGUUACAGAGAAUUUGGUUUGAAGCCAUUAUUAUAUGAAUAUACAAAAAACCUUACAAGUAUUCAUAAAGUUGCAGCAGUUGUGCAUACAAAUUCUCCAAUAAAGCAUAUUGAUGAUCUGAAAGGGAAGAGGGCAUGCUUCUCUGUUUAUAAUGGAGUUGGUUGGAAUUCCAUAUUAAGUGUUCUCAGGAAUAAAACAUUGGUUUCGUCUACAUGCUCUGGUAGUACAGCAUUAGGGGAAUUCUUCUCGGAAAGUUGCGCGCCGGGGGUAAACAAGUCACGCAGCUUUCCUUCUAACUUGCAAGCCUUAUGUGAAAAGGAUUUCUACAGUGGUGAAGCUGGAGCAUUUCGUUGCCUGGCAGCUGGUAAGGGUGAAGUGGCUUUCAUUAAGCUAAGCACAAUAAAAGAAUAUACAGAUGGUGCCAACAAUGAACCAUGGACUGUGGGUCUGAAAUCUAACAGUUUCAGAGCCCUUUGUCUUGAUGACCAGACUGGAGAGUGCUAUCUUAGCUGGGCAACUCCAGGACAAGUGUUAAUAAGAGCUAAUACAACAGACUUGAAGAAGAAAGAGAUUUCUGUAGCUUUAAUGGGACUUGGAAACUUGUUUGGAAAGUAUCAUAAGGGACGAAUGGAAGAGUUUCAGAUGUUUGCUCCAUUUGACAAUGAGAACAAUGUCUUAUUUCAGGAUGUGACAUAUCAUUUUGAGGAAUACUCAUUACUUCAAGAGGGCAAAGAAAUGGAUCAUAACUAUGAAAGAAUGGUUGAACUGCCACAGUGUUCAUCUGCACACACUUUGGGGUUUUCAAGCAUGUCUUUACUGGCAUUCCUACUCCUGCGUUUGAUCUCAGUCUGAAAGUGAAUAUAAGAAUUUUUCAAGCUCAGGGAUUUUACUCUGCUUGAUUUAAAAUUUUGUAAUAUGUUUGUAAUAAGUGGAUUUGUUAAAUACAUUGUACUAAGAAGGAGUAGUGUAAAAUAAUCAAAGUUGUAUGGAACAGAUAUGUUUAAAUGUAAAUAUAAUUAAAAAUCAAUAUAGUUGAGAAGAAAUAAUUCAGAAAGUACUCUAAAAUAGCUAAAUGAAUCACUUUGCCAUGUUGUUUAACCCCUGGCAUUGGAAUGUCAAAGUAGGCUUAUGACUGAAGAUUGUGUCCGUACUGGACAAUAUCAAGGCAGGUCUGUGACCAACAACUUACGAUUUUUUUCUCAGUUGUUACCAAUAAAUGACAAGCAAGUGUGUGAAGAUUGAA